UUGGGGGUUAGCGGCGAGUGGUUGUCUCCGUUCACCCACCAACCACCUCACCUCACUCUUCCGCCCACCCUACAAAUGCCGUACAAACGCCUGGACCUUCUUCCUCUCGGUGACCCCGUUACCUCAGCCAGCCAGCCAGCCAGCCAGCCUCUCUGCCUCCCCGGUCUCUGCGCAUCGCGUUGGUGGUCUGUUACGUUAACCCACCACACCGGCCCUCCCCCUCGCUCGCCGUCCACCAAACGCAAAUCCACACCGCACCAACCGAAUCGGGGGACGGGGGGAGUAAACAAAGAGGCGGCAGGAUCUGAUCGGACGUGCCGCCGGCAUGUGUGCGUGGGCAAAGGCAGCAGCAGACGAGCUGGAGCUCCCUCCGGUCCAGUGGCAGUGAGCGGUGACACGCACGCGCGUCCAGCGCACUGCGUGUUCUUCCCGGCGUCCAGGUACGGAGGAUUACAGGAGCAGGACGAGCCGAGGUGCCAGGCCGUGGUGCUACCCUGCCCUCUGUGCGCGCCUUUUGGGUGGGGCUCCUCAAAAGCGGAGGGGGAAGCAAGGGCGGGGCAGCAUAUAGCAGCGCGGCACCGCGAGGAGCGCGGAGGCAGGAAUCAUUCCGCCUGCGAGUCUGCCGCCCGCGCCGCUGCCCCGGCUUUCCGGAGCCGGGCGGGCCCGCGCCGCGCGCGCCUAUCCUCUCCGGCCGGCAUCGUCCUCCCCCGCUGCCCGCGUCCGCGUCGUGCCAAUUUCAUUUGGGUGGCGCUGUCGUCGCACCACCAGCGCACCACCACCACCACCGCCAGCCAGCCAGCCGCCUUUGCUGAUUGGUACUGGCGGGGCGCUAGCCUCUCUCUCUCUCUCUCUGUUUUUUAAUUCCUGAGAUGCUUCCGCUGCUGCUUAUAUCCACGGUCCCGGCCUUCACGCUGCUCCUCGUCGCGCCCGCCACCAAGCCCUGCUGCAAGCUCGCGCGGGAGCUCGGCCUCCUCGUGCUGCUGCUCGCCACGGAGCUGCUGCGCCACGCCACCACCGCGGGGAGGAGGCUGCGGGGCCGGGGUCGGGAGCCGGAGCGCAGCGCGACGACGAUGCCCGCCACGCCCAGGCCGAGGCCGGCCGCAUUGGCGGCGCCGGGCGAGGCGGAGGCGGAGGCGACGCCCGCCGCGGCGGGGCUCCCGCUGCUCGACCUGCCGGAGCUCGCGCUGGACCGCGUGCUGGAGGAGCUCUCGCCGGCCUCGCUCGCCGCGAUGGCGUGCGUGUGCGCCGCUCUCAGGGACCGGUGCUCCGCCGACGCGCUGUGGGAGCGCCACCUCCGCGCCAAGUGGGGGCGCGUGCUGGGCGCCACCGCGCGGAAGGAGUGGGAGGCAGAGCUCGGAGCCAGGGUCUCCCGCGCGAGCGCGCCGCGGCCGCCCCGCCGCAGGAGCUGGGUGGACUCGCUGGCCUGCGCGUGGCCCUUCUCCUGGAUCGCCUGCCGCUGGCUCAAGGGGGAUGCCACCCCGGCACCGGCCGCCGUCGCCGCCGAGCCAGCGCCCGCGCCCGCACCCGCGGCGCCACCGACGAACACGGUGGCCGCGUGGUACCGCGCGCUCGAGUGCGGCGAGUUCUGGUUCCCCGCGCAGGUGUACAACCGCGAGCAGGACGGGCACGUCGGCUUCGUGCUCUCGUGCUACGACGCGCACCUCCGCUAUGACCGGCGAACCGACACCUUCACGGCGAGGUACCCGCCGCACGGCCGGAAGCCGGCCAAGGAGGAGGCCGGCGUGCAGUGGAGCAGGAUCCGAGCGCCGCCGGUGGGCACGCCGGCGCACGAGCUGCACGCGUCGGAGUGCCUGGAGGCGCUGCGCCCCGGCGACCACUUCGAGAUCCAGUGGCGCAAGAACAAGGACUUCCCAUACGGCUGGUGGUAUGGCGUCGUGGGUCACCAGGCGCCGUGCAACCCGAACGAGCAUCUGUGUCGCUGCCAUCAGGACGAUACGAUCGUCCUGGAGUUCCAGCACUACGCCCCCGGGUCGCGGUGGAGGCAGACCAGCGUGAGCAGGAAGGAUCACAGGGAGACGGGGGACGAGACCGACGGCUUCUACGGGGGCAUCAGGAAGCUGCAGACCAAGGACGAGAUCUCGACGUGGCGCCGGUUCUGGCCCGUGGACGUCCUCAACUGAUGGGGAUCGCAUUUGCAGCCAGCCUGCGCGUCCGCGUCCCGAAAUUCCCCCGUAUACAGUUAUGGAGAGCUUUCAGCGCUCGUCUGAAAUAACUCUGAACCUUUUUCUCGGGUCUGAAGGAUCUCUUUUUUUCCUAGAGAUUUAUGGUGCAGGACACUCAAUCCGAUCAAGAUUGUUAGAAGAAGGAUAGGCCACGAACCGUGUACAGAUUUAUCCAGUUUUCGACUUGCCUUUGUGCUGUCGCUGUAUCCUGGUUUCUAUGCAACAUAAUUCUUCAGAAAUACUAUGGGAAGGAUCGCCGUCCGCCCAUGUUUUUUAA